UGAAACCUCCAGGAACCUGUGCCACGUGAGUCCCGGUGAGUUCAUUAAAAACGCCCCGCGCGCGCGUCUGAGUUCAGUCGCGCGCUCUCAUCGUGAGCGAUGUCUGAGCUCCAUUACAUCUGUAUUCACUCUGAUCACUCAUGAAUAUUUCCCAGAGUAGUGCGGGUCUUGGCACCGUGCUGCCUCUAACUAGUUUCGAGAACGUGCUUUUGUUUCUCUUCAAUGUAAUUCACGCCACCGCCAUCAUUUUCCUCAACGUGUCCGUGUUUCUGUCCAUCGUGAUGAACAGAUCCCUGCGCAGCGAGAACCGCUUCAUGUACAUGCUCAGCACGUGUCUCAGUGACAUCUGCUCGGGCGUCUCGUAUUAUUAUGUUGGAGUUCUGGAUGUGCGCGAUUAUUAUGACUCUCCGACUCGCACUCUUUACAUCGCGCCCGUUUUUCUGGGUCUGUCCUUUAUGGCGAUUCUGGCCGCGCAGGCGGACCGUUACCACGCGGUCUCGGCGCCUUUCAAAUACUCGCAGCGCAUGACCCGAAACAGAACCCUGCUGGUGAUUCUGGCCUACUGGCUUUACACUUUUUGGAUUGUGUCUGUUAAUAAUUUGGUGACUGUGGGGGUCGCUAAGAAAGUGACGGGCUAUUGUACUUUUGUGGCGAACAUAUUUUCCGUCAUUAUCAUGAUUGGUUUGAACUUCAAGCUGUUUUUCAUCGCCAGAUUUCAGCUAGAACGCGAACCGCCGAGCGCGGAACGGGACAACAAGCGCGCGUCCAUUUACCUCAUCAUAAUAGUAGCCAUGUGUUUUCUGAUCGCGUGGUUGCCAUUGUUUAUUAAUGUAAUUGUGUGCGUUUUUUGGGGGCCCGCGUGCUAUCCGUUUAAAAAUGAUGGCACAGACCCUGUGCGCAUUUUGGCACGUCUCAAUGCGAUCAUCACACCCUUAUUGUAUAUCAGGGGCUGUACUGCACUCAGGAACACCUUGCUAAAUAAAGUCUGGAGAACACAAUGCUGCAGGAUGAAAGGAGUGAACCCACAGAAUGUAAAGAAGACUGAAGAUGAGAUGUUGCAGUGAUCUUCAGGAUGUGGCAAACCCAAACCAUACAUAUAUUCACUACAUAUGUGUGAAUCUAAAACAUAAGAAAAAUCUAAAAUAAGCUAAAAUCAGGAAACUGACUCCUUUUCCAUUUGACAUGUCUGCUGUACAAUGUCUUGAUUGAAAAUGGUAGCUUUUAAUUGGGGCAAAUGUACUAUUGCUAAUUUCACUUUCUUAUGAACUAACUUAUUGAAGGCCUAUAAUAAAGUGCCACAAGCUAUAAGAGUGAUGAGAGAUUUGCUUUUUCUCUGAAUGUAUCCAAAAGGCAAUGUACUUUUUUAUCCACUGUUGUUUUAAUUCUAAUAGCUUCUGCAAACUAAAGUAUGAUAAUCAUUUUAAAACGUUUUAUUAUAAAUUGUAAUUUUAUUUAAAAAUGUAAAACAUUGUAUGUGAAAUAAAACUGAGAAAUCCAAAAUGUUAAAAAAAGUUCACAGAUUCUUCAUCAAAAUAAAAAAAAUGUUUUUGCAGAAAAGUGUUUAUUUUAGAUGGCACUAUAUGACGUCUUGUUCCUGUUCAUCCAAAACACUUUCACAAACCUGUUAACCUCCGUUUGCCUCAAAUUAACUCAGAAAUACAAAAAUAUGCUCAUAAAAUCCUGAAAUUAAUGCAAUGUUUAGGCUAUAAGUUGCACUUUUUAUUUACUGUAUGUCUGAAUUUGUUCAGCUCUACUCAUCACCAAGCGCUGGUUUCGUGUGUUAGUAAAAAGUAAAAACUGAAAUAUCAUGCAUUAUUUCCUCUAAUAUCAUGAAUUCCCAAGUGAAAAAAGUAUGCUAAGUAUACUUGCAGCCAGACUAAUUGUCAGUAUAUUUCAAGUGUGUUAAUGAUUAGUUAACUUAAAGUGUGCAAUUUUGAAACAACUAAUUUUGUACUAAGUAUAUUUUAUGUAUAAAAUAUUAUGUAUAAAAUAUUUUUGUAUAAAAACACAAAUUUAAGUACAGUAUAUUUAGUGUACUUUUGUGUGCUAAAUUGGAACAACUUCAAGUAUACUUAGUACACUUUAAGUAUAUGCCAGUACAGGGACUAAUUACAUGCUUGAUUAGUGAUAUUAAAGUGUACUUAAUUAGUGUUAUAAGUAUACAUUGUGUAAUAAGUAUAUUUUGUGUUAUAAAUAUAUUUAGUGUUAUAGGUAUACUUUUUUGUGAUUUAAGUACAAAUUAAUUACGAGUGUC